AUGGCUUCCCUACAUUUGGCCAGCAUCGCAAUCGGAGUGCUUACUGCAUACCUUCUGACCAAGCUUCUCACAUUUAAAAAGCCUCCAGCGCCCCUCCCACCCGGUCCUCCACCUAAACCGAUUAUUGGUAACUUGAAGGAUCUGCCUCAGAAUGGAGAGCGAGACUGGGAGCAUUGGCUGAAACACAAAGAGCUUUAUGGUAGAUUCACACAGACAGUAAUAUUAUCGUAUACGUCUGGGUGUGGAGGCAUUUUGGGAUUAAUCCCCUAUUCCGAUCGCUCUAGGGCAAUUCGCAAAGCCAUGAAUAAGGAGAUUGGAUCGAAGGUAGCUGUUUCUAGAUUUAACGCACUUCAGGAAGCUGAGACGCGUCGCUUUCUACUACGGGUGCUUGAGGCGCCGGAGGAGCUGAGAAACCAUAUUCGGACAGAGGCUGGUGCGGUGGUUCUGAAACUUGCGUACGGGUACACUGUCGAGCCGCACAAACAGGAUCCGUUGGUCGAUUUGGCAGACGUGUCCAUGUAUUACUUUUCGCUAGUGUGUCGCUAUGGGGCUUGGGUGGUGGAUGUUUUUCCAAGCUUGAGAUUUCUCCCUUCUUGGUUUCCAGGGACUGAGUUCAAACGCAUCGGACAGAGGUCUAAAGAGGCUUUUGAUAAUUUCGGCGGGAAACCAUAUAAUUUCGUCAAGCACCAAAUGUCACAGGGCACACACCAUCCCUCAUAUCUGUCAAGCAUUCUAGAAUCAGAAGAAAUUGAGCCUGGCUCCGAGAAGGAAUACGUGACAAAGUGGUCCGCAGCAUCGAUUUACGCCGGCGGUGCUGACACGACAGUGUCCACCAUGGCAUCCUUCUUCCUCGCCAUGGCGCUGUACCCUGAGGCUCAGAGAAAGGCCCAAGAGGAGAUUGAUCGUGUCGUCGGAAACAGCAGGCUUCCCACCUUCGCCGACCGGGAUAAUCUGCCCUAUAUCAACGCCACUGUGAAGGAGGUCCUCCGCUGGCACCCAGUUGUACCAAACAACCUGCCUCAUCUUUCUACCCACGAUGAUAUGUGUCAAGGAUACUUUAUCCCAAAGGGCUCCAUAGUGAUUUCUAAUAUCUGGGGCUUCGCACACGACCCAGACGUCUUCCACGACCCUAUGACAUUCAAGCCGGAACGCUACCUGGGUGACAAUCCCGAGCCUGAUUCUCAUAGAAUCUCGUUCGGAUUCGGUCGCCGAAUCUGUCCCGGUCGCGUUAUGGCAGACGCAGCCAUUUACCUCAAUAUUGCACAAUCUUUGGCGGCCUUUAACAUUGGCAAGAAAGUGGUCGAUGGGAAGGAGGUCGAGCCCCGAGUAGAGUUUCAGGCUGCGCUUAUCAGUCACCCGGAGCCAUAUGAUGUCAGCAUUAAGCCUCGGAGCUCGGUGCAUGAGGAGCUUAUUCGCGCGGUGGAGGAGGAAUAUCCUUGGGAGAAGAGUCAUGCGGAUGAGCUUGUUAAUAUUAAGGUAUAG